AUGGGCCUCGGGGUUUUGGAGGAUCGGACUUCAAAUAUCUACGAGGAGCCUGAGGAGACGAGCACAAAUGAUCACACUCUUCACGGCGUGAGUCUGAAAUAUGACAGGACCACCAGCAAGCCGACAAUUCUCGUCCCACAACCGAGUGAUGAUCCCAAUGACCCACUGAACUGGCCACUAUGGAGACGUGAUCUGAUCCUCGCUAUCCUGUCCUUUGUCACGAUCCUUUGCACUACCCUCAGUUCCAUCAUGGCGGCAAACACGGUUACAAUUGCGGAAUAUGAGGAGAUCACCUUUGUACAGGCUGCUCUUCUCACCGGAUAUCAUCUAUGUGGUGUAGGAGUAGCUGGAGUUUUGAUCGUCCCUACUGCCAGAGUCUGGGGCAAGCGACAUCUGUUCAUAAUCGGGCACGUCUUGAUGAUUGUCAGCUGCAUUUGGGCCGGUGCGAGUGGACGUAACCACAAAAGCCUGUUAUGGGCACGGGUCUUCCAAGGUGUCGCAUUAGCUCCAUUUGAAGCUUUGGUCAAUGCUUGCGUUGGUGAUCUAUAUUAUGUCCAUGAAAGAGGAAAGCGCAUGGCCGUUUCUAAUGUCUCCCUCUUUGGCGCUGCCUUCCUGGCUCCCGUGUUCGUUGGAAAAAUUACCAAGUCUCUCGGUUGGCCAUGGUCUUUCUAUUUUGUGGCAAUUUUUCUCGGAGCAGCUCUUCCAUUCAUGAUUAUGUUUGUGCCCGAGACUGCCUUUCGACGGCCCAAUUACUUGAAUACCGACUUCAGACACAAAAAUAACGGAUCCGAUUCAAAUGAAUCCAGCUGGCAGCUCAGCGAUCCUUCUAAUGAAGAGACCAAAGACAAUGAUUUCACACCAGAGGACUUGGCUACUCGCAGCACAUUAAGAACAGAGGUGUCGGCUGUGCCGAUGCCGCAGAAAGACUCAUUUUGGCAAUCUAUGAGACUUUUCAAUGGAAGAAAGACGGAUGAUAACUUUUUCAAGCUAUUUCUUCGUCCCUUCCCAUUGUUUUUUCACCCUGGGAUCUUUUGGGCUUGCUUGAUUCAGGGCGUUGUGAUUGGUUGGGCCGUCUUCAUUGGUGUGAUCUUAGCAAUUGUGUUUUUGGGUCCGCCUUUGUGGUUCCAAGAAGAUAAGACAGGUUAUUUAUACACCGGUGCCUUCAUCGGAGCAAUAAUUGGCUUGAUCCUUGCUGGAUUUCUCAGCGAUACGAUGAACAAAACGAUGAUCCGACUCAACCAUGGCAAAUACGAGCCCGAGUUUCGUAUUCUGCUGGUCAUAUUCCAGCUUGUAUUCAGUGGCAUGGGGCUCUAUGGAUUCGGUUAUACAGCUUCUGAUGUCGAGAGAUACCACUGGCUCUUACCCGACGUGUUCUUUGCAUUCUUGAUCAUCGGUAUGGUUAUGGGCGCGGUAGCUUCCGCCCUGUACAUUGUUGAUGCACACAGGGAGAUUGCUGUUGAAGCUUUUACUUGUCUACUUGUUUUCAAAAACAUGUUUAGCUUCGUGCUAACUUUCUACGCCUACAAAUGGUUUGCCCAUGGGGGUGUCAAGCACACCAUGAUUGUCGUUGGUAGCAUUCAAGUGGGGAUUUGUCUGCUGAGUAUUCCCAUGUAUGUGUUUGGGAAAUGGAAUCGCUCCUUCUUUGCCCGUCACGAUAUCCUGGAGAUGCUCCACCUCUGGUAG